AUGGGCAACUCUCAGGGUGCGGACUUUGCGCCCGUUGACUUCAUCCAGCCAAUAAAAGAACUGCUUAAGCAAAGGGACAUUAAGGUCUCCUCCGCAACAAUAAAAAAGAUUGUUAAAGAUUUGGACAAGAUUGCGCCAUGGUUUGCGGUGUCGGGGGACUUCUCUCUCCCUACUUGGGAGAAGCUAGGUAGAGACCUGGAAGCGGCAAAACAAGAGGACAGAAUUGUUGUAAGCGAGAAUGAAAUAUUGAAUCUGUGUGUGCCUUGCUCUCCUCAGCUUAACAUGUUCCCCUUCAUCUACCUAUGUUUCAAGAACCAGCUCAAGAUCCGCCCCUCUAUUGUGCUGCUAUGUCACAGUUCCUCGCAGGUGAUUCUGCUGCAGGUGGCUAAUCAACCACUGCAGGACAACACCAAGAAGAACAAUGUGCAGAGCCACAUGAAGAAGCGAAGCAAAGGAAGGCGAAGCUCAAAUGGCAAGUCGCCUCCUUCCCCAAUAUGCCAGCAGAAAGUCCUGGAACUUAGAGACUUGGGACGGGUGGAACCUGCGACGAGCGGGACCCACGAUCGCUGGGUGGGCCGAGGCGGAGAGCGCGCGUGGGGGUCGCGGCGCCGGCCACGAGAAGGUCUUGGCGGUCCCAGCCGCGAGGCCAGCAGGGUCCCCGGCCAGAGGCCGGUCUGGACCCUAGCUCUGGGGGCGCUGGGAGGCGGGAGCGAGGCGGCGAGGGGAGGGGCGACCGCGGCCUUUCCCCGCCUUCCUCCGCCUCCGUCCAUAAAUCACCGCAGCCGCGGCGGCGGCGGCGGCGGAGCCGGGAAUGUGUUUUUUAAACCUCCCUCGCUCCCCGCGCGGUGGCCGCUCCUCCUCCCGGGGCGCGGCCGCCCUCUGCUCCGCGCGCCGGGACUCGCGGAAGCGAAAGCGCCGCUGCUCGGCCUGCGGGCCCCGCGGUCUCGGAGCCGCCGGGAGCUCCCGCGCCGCCCGCCGCCCGCCGCCCGCCGCCCGCGAUGGUGGCCGCGCGCGCGCCCGCGCUGCAGCCCGGCGCCCCCUGAGCCCGAGCCGGCGGCGCAGAGGCGAGCAAAGUUUUGCGGGGUGUGCCGAGCGGGCCCGGGCGCCCCUCGCGCGGCGUCCUCGCGGCGUCCCCGCGCCCGAGCCGGCGGCCGCGGAGUGGCGGGAGGCAGCAUGGCCCGCGAGCUGGAGGAAGCGGAGGCGGCGGGGAGCCGCGGCCGUCCCGGCUGGGUCGGGGCCCCGCGGCCGCCGCUCUGGCUGCUGGGCGCGCUGGCGUGCUGGCUCCUGGGCGCCGGGGCCGACGCCGACUUCUCCAUCCUGGACGAGGCGCAAGUGCUGGCCAGCCAGAUGCGGAGGCUGGCGGCCGAGGAGCUGGGCGUCGUCACCAUGCAGCGGAUAUUCAAUUCCUUGGUUUACACAGAGAAAAUCUCAAAUGGAGAAAGUGAAGUCCAGCAGCUAGCCAAAAAAAUCCGUGAGAAGUUCAACCGAUACUUGGAUGUGGUCAAUCGGAACAAACAAGUUGUGGAAGCAUCCUAUACUGCUCACCUGACGUCCCCACUCACUGCCAUCCAGGAUUGCUGCACCAUCCCACCUUCCAUGAUGGAGUUCGAUGGGAAUUUUAAUACCAAUGUGUCUAGAACCAUUAGUUGUGACCGACUUUCUACUACUGUGAAUAGCCGAGCCUUCAAUCCAGGACGGGAUUUAAAUUCAGUUCUUGCAGACAACCUGAAAUCCAACCCUGGAAUCAAGUGGCAGUAUUUCAGCUCAGAAGAAGGAAUUUUCACUGUCUUCCCGGCACACAAAUUCCGGUGUAAGGGCAGCUAUGAGCAUCGCAGCAGACCUAUCUAUGUCUCAACUGUCCGGCCACAGUCCAAGCACAUAGUUGUCAUCCUGGACCAUGGAGCCUCGGUCACCGACACCCAGCUCCAGAUUGCCAAGGACGCCGCUCAGGUCAUCCUCAGUGCUAUUGAUGAACAUGAUAAGAUUUCUGUGUUAGCUGUGGCAGACACUGUUAGGACCUGCUCACUAGACCAGUGCUACAAGACCUUCCUGUCUCCAGCCACCAGUGAGACCAAAAGGAAAAUGUCCACCUUUGUUGGCAGCAUCAAGUCCUCAGACAGUCCCACUCAGCACGCACUGGGCUUUCACCGGGCGUUCCAGCUGAUUCGAAGCACCAGCAAUAACACACGGUUCCAAGCAAAUACGGACAUGGUCAUUAUUUACCUGUCAGCUGGCAUCACAUCAAAGGACUCCUCAGAAGAAGAUAAAAAGGCAACACUCCGUGUCAUCAGUGAAGAAAAUAGCUUUCUGAACAACUCUGUAAUGAUUCUUACCUAUGCCCUUAUGAACGAUGGAGUGACUGGUUUGAAAGAGCUGGCUUUCCUGAGGGAUCUGGCUGAACAGAACUCUGGGAAGUAUGGAAUCCCAGACCGUACAGCCUUGCCUGUGAUUAAGGGCAGCAUGAUGGUGCUGAACCAGCUGAGCAACCUUGAUACCACAGUGGGCAGAUUCUACACUAACCUUCCCAACCGGAUGAUUGAUGAGGCGGUCUUCAGCCUCCCCUUCUCUGAUGAGAUGGGAGAUGGUUUGAUCAUGACUGUGAGUAAACCUUGUUACUUUGGAAACCUGCUUCUGGGAAUUGUGGGUGUGGAUGUGAAUCUGGCCUAUAUCCUGGAGGAUGUGACUUAUUACCAGGACUCACUGGCUUCCUAUACUUUUCUCAUAGAUGACAAAGGGUAUACACUUAUGCAUCCAUCUCUUACCAGGCCAUAUUUACUAUCAGAGCCUCCUCUUCAUACUGACAUCAUACAUUAUGAAAAUAUCCCCAAAUUUGAGUUGGUUCGACAAAAUAUCCUAAGCCUCCCUCUGGGCAGCCAGAUUAUCACAGUUCCUGUGAACUCUUCCCUGUCUUGGCACAUAAACAAGCUGCGGGAGACUGGGAAGGAGGCCUACAACGUCAGCUACGCCUGGAAGAUGGUACAGGACACUUCUUUUAUUUUGUGUAUUGUGGUUAUACAACCGGAAAUCCCAGUCAAACAGCUGAAGAACCUUAACACUGUGCCCAGCAGCAAGCUGCUCUACCACCGGCUGGAUCUCCUGGGCCAGCCAAGCUCAUGCCUCCACUUCAAGCAGCUGGCCACUCUAGAAAGUCCAACCGUCAUGCUGUCUGCUGGCAGCUUUUCCUCCCCUUAUGAGCACCUCAGCCAGCCUGAGACCAAGCGCAUGGUGGAGCAUUACACAGCCUAUCUCAGUGAUAACACCCGCCUUAUUGCUAACCCGGGACUCAAAUUCUCUGUCAGAAAUGAAGUAAUGGCGACCAGCCACGUCACAGAUGAAUGGAUGACACAAAUGGAAAUGAGCAGCCUGAACACAUACAUUGUCCGCCGUUACAUAGCAACACCCAAUGGUGUCCUCCGAAUCUAUCCUGGCUCCCUCAUGGACAAAGCAUUUGAUCCUACUAGGAGACAGUGGUAUCUCCAUGCAGUAUCUAACCCCGGGUUGAUUUCCUUGACUGGCCCUUAUCUAGACGUUGGAGGAGCUGGCUACGUAGUGACCAUCAGUCACACAAUUCAUUCAUCCAGUACACAGCUGUCUUCUGGGCACACUGUGGCUGUGAUGGGCAUCGACUUCACACUGAGAUACUUCUACAAGGUUCUGAUGGACCUGUUACCAGUGUGCAACCAAGAUGGAGGCAACAAAAUAAGGUGCUUUAUAAUGGAGGACAGGGGUUAUCUGGUGGCACAUCCAACUCUCAUUGACCCCAAAGGACAUGCACCUGUGGAGCAGCAGCACAUCACCCACAAGGAGCCCCUGGUAGCCAAUGACAUCCUGAACCACCCCAACUUCGUGAAGAAGAACUUGUGCAACAGCUUCAGUGACCGAACAGUCCAGAGGUUUUAUAAGUUCAACACCAGUCUCGUGGGGGACUUGACAAACCUCGUGCAUGGCAGCCACUGUUCUAAGUACCGCCUGGCCAGGAUCCCAGGAACCAAUGCAUUUGUCGGAAUUGUCAAUGAGACCUGUGACUCUCUUGCCUUCUGUGCUUGUAGCAUGGUGGACCGGCUCUGUCUCAACUGUCAUCGAAUGGAACAAAAUGAAUGUGAAUGUCCUUGUGAGUGCCCCCUAGAGGUCAAUGAGUGUACUGGCAACCUCACCAAUGCAGAGAACAGAAAUCCAAGCUGUGAGGUCCACCAGGAGCCAGUGACAUACACAGCUAUCGAUCCCAGCCUGCAGGAUGCCUUGCACCAGUGUGUUAACAGCAGGUGCAGCCAGAGGAUGGAAAGUGGGGACUGUUUCGGUGUGCUGGACUGUGAAUGGUGUGUGGUGGACAGUGAUGGAAAGACUCACCUGGACAAAUCCUACUGUGCACCCCAGAAGGAAUGCUUUGGGGGAAUUGUGGGAGCCAAAAGUCCCUACGUUGAUGACUUGGGAGCAAUAGGUGAUGAGGUGACCACACUGAACAUGAUCAAGAGUGCCCCCGUGGGUCCUGUGGCCGGAGGGAUCAUGGGCUGCAUCAUGGUCCUUGUUCUCGCUGUGUAUGCCUACCGCCAUCAGAUUCAUCGCCGCAGCCACCAGCAUAUGUCACCUCUGGCUGCUCAAGAGAUGUCAGUGCGAAUGUCCAACCUGGAGAAUGACAGAGACGAAAGAGACGACGACAGCCAUGAGGACAGGGGCAUCAUUAGCAAUACUCGGUUCAUUGCUGCAGUCAUCGAACGACAUGCACACAGUCCAGAAAGGAGGCGGCGCUACUGGGGCCGGUCAGGAACUGAAAGUGAUCAUGGGUACAGCACCAUGAGUCCACAGGAAGACAGUGAGAACCCUCCGUGCAAUAAUGACCCCUUGUCAGCCGGGGUGGAUGUUGGAAACCACGAUGAGGACUUGGACCUGGACACACCACCUCAGACUGCAGCCCUGCUGAGUCACAAGUUCCACCAGUACCGGGCACACCACCCCGCCCUCCAUCAUAGCCACCGCCUGCAGGCAGCCGUGACAGUGCACACGGUCGAUGCCGAGUGCUGACAAUCUCCUCGCCUCUGCGAGAGACAGAAUGUUCUGCAAAGAGGAGAGCUCGCACCAAGCCCUUGACAGGAGACUGUUGGUGUCGGUAUUUUGUCCAGAGAGUUUUGACUCAUUUGCUCAUGCUGGCAUGUUUAAAAACAGCACAAUCAUGUUUGUAAGGCUCUGAAACUGGCUCAGAAAUGGAGGCGAAUCCUGAUUAAUGGGCCUUCCAUGGUUUAAUGAAAUGGAGCAGAAGGCGAACCUCCAAACAUAGAUACAAUGUUUAAAUGAGCCUCCACCAGAGGAAUGUUCCUGAGAGCCAGGAGCAUCUGGCUCCCUUAACUGGAAGAAAGAAAAGCCGCCCAGCAGAGGCCAAACCCUGCUGGAUGCCUGGAUAGUUGCUCUUGCUCCCUGUGGUACCCAGGCACCAUGAGUGCUGUUCAGAACUCACCUUAGCUCUAAGUGAUGUGUCUCAAAGUUUCUAAGUAAAGGAUUAUUUUUCUACUAUUUAUUGAACUUUCAAACAUUCUCAUACUAUGGGGAAAAGAAAGGAAAGGCAAUGAGAAAUUCUCAGCAGUUACCCUGCUCUUGUGUGUAAUGGUGUGAUUCUUUGAUUAAGGAAUUCUAAUCCUUAAUUUAACUGGUGAUCUUCCCACUGCCCCAGUCCACAAAAUGGGAAAAUGAAGAAAUCUUUCUGACUUGUUUACAUCAUUUCAUGGAAGCUUUAUUUGUAAUGCAGUAUUUUCUCUGCAUUGACAGAGGUAGGGAGGGAUAAGAUGUUUUCAAAGAAAUUCUGUUUCUUUAGAAUUCAUUUCACUCCCAGACAAUGCUUUUCUUAGGUAUCUAUGAAAUCUUAAUAACACAGCCCCAGCCUUUCAGUUUGGGGAGAGUGGGAUUAUUCUCCAUGCUCUAAAGCCUAUGAAUUUUUAAAUGUCCCAUUUUGACUCUUAAGAAUAUUGAACAAAUCAGAGAAGACAUCUUAAAAUGGUGAAAUUUGAGUUCUUACAGAUUUCUUUUGAAAUCUGUUGUUAAAAGCUGCUGCCAGUUGCCCACCAACUGCUUUUGAUUUAUACAGGGAUUAAUCAAAUCUGGCUACUGGGUCAUGGGGCAUUGUAAUUUUAAAGUAGUGUUCUGAUUACAAUGAUGUAUUUUAGAUUCACAUCUUGUGAUUCAAAUAUGUUAUAAAAACAUUCUUUGCACCACGUGUGUGGUAAAUCUCCAUUUAUAUGUAGUUGAAAAAAAAUUCACUGAAUAAUGUUUUAAUGAUAGGGUAUCAUGAUAUAAUGUAAAACAAAUGGUUCAUCAGCAAUACAGAAAGUAAGCUACAUAUGUGCUGUCCAGAACUCCCUCAUACUGUGUAUAAAAUUGCAGUCUAGUGAAAUAAACUGUAUGCAAUGGACAGUG